GAAAGGACUGAAGGAGCUGUUGCCGCCGUUGGCGGCGGCCCGGGCAGUUUUCGCUGCUGCUACGGCUGUUGCCAUGCGGCGAGGCUAGGGAGGAGCAAACUUCCCUGGGGUGUAAUAAUGUUAACUGAGUGUCAGGAAAUGAAUCGAGGGCCAGAUACAUGGAAAAUACUGCUGAGCCUCCUACCCAGUUCAAUUUUUAUCUAUAUUUUUAAGACAGAGAAAAAGGGAGAGUCAGCAUGGCAACCCUUCGCAGCUGAUGGUGUUUGCUUGGUGCUGUCCAUGGUACUCUCAUGUGGUGACAGGAAUCAAACCCAGGACCUCAUACAUGACCAGUCUAUCCAUAUGGGGAUGGGGAAGCCUUGGCAUUGUCCUUUCUCUAAUAACCUUUGGACCCUUUGUGAUAUUUUAUUUGGCAUUUUAUAUCCUCUGCUUUGUGGGAGGGGGUUUUGUGGUUACUCUCCUGUUUGGAAAAACAAAUUCAGAGAAGUACCUAGAGCAGUGUGAGCACUCAUUUCUUCCUCCAACAUCAACUGGAAUUCCUAAGUGUUUAGAAGAAAUGAAACAGGAACCCAGGGCUAUAAAGAUUGAUAGAAGAUUGACGGGUGCCAAUAUAAUUGAUGAACCUCUCCAGCAAGUUAUCCAGUUUUCCUUGAGGGAUUAUGUCCAGUAUUGGUAUUAUACACUAAGUGAUGAUGAAUCUUUUCUUCUUGAAAUUAGGCAGGCUCUUCAAAAUGCACUCAUUCAGUUUGCCACCAGGUCAAAGGAAAUAGACUGGCAGCCGUAUUUUACUACACGUAUUGUAGAUGAUUUUGGCACACAUUUGCGAGUAUUCAGAAAGGCUCAACAUAAGAUAACAGAGAAAGAUGAUCAAGUAAAAGGUACAGCAGAAGAUCUUGUAGAUACCUUCUUUGAGGUUGAAGUUGAAAUGGAGAAGGACGUUUGUCGUGAUUUAGUGUGCACUUCUCCUAAAGAUGAAGAAGGUUUCCUAAGGGAUUUGUGUGAGGUCUUACUGUAUUUAUUGCUACCUCCUGGAGAUUUCCAGAACAAGAUCAUGCGUUACUUUGUCAGGGAAAUCCUUGCACGAGGAAUUCUUCUUCCAUUAAUAAAUCAACUAAGUGACCCAGAUUAUAUUAAUCAGUAUGUCAUAUGGAUGAUCCGUGAUUCUAAUUGCAACUAUGAAGCUUUUAUGAAUAUUAUUAAAUUAAGUGACAAUAUUGCAGAGCUAGAAGCAGUCAGAGAUAAAGCAGCAGAAGAAUUACAAUAUCUUCGCUCUCUGGACACAGCUGGUGAUGAUAUCAACACUAUCAAAAAUCAAAUAAAUAGCUUAUUAUUUGUAAAAAAAGUAUGUGACUCAAGAAUACAGAGGUUGCAGUCAGGCAAAGAAAUAAAUACUGUGAAACUGGCAGCAAACUUUGGGAAACUUUGCACAAUCCCCUUGGACAGCAUUCUUGUAGACAAUGUUGCACUGCAGUUUUUUAUGGAUUAUAUGCAACAAACUGGAGGUCAGGCACAUCUCUUCUUUUGGAUGACAGUGGAAGGAUACAGAGUUACAGCCCAACAGCAGCUGGAGGUCCUAUUAAGUCGUCAGAAAGAUGGGAGACAUCAAACCAAUCAAACCAAAGGUCUUUUAAGAGCAGCUGCUGUUGGAAUUUAUGAACAGUAUUUAUCAGAAAAGGCAUCUCCAAGAGUUACUGUUGAUGAUUAUUUGGUAGCAAAAUUAGCUGAUACUUUGAAUCAUGAAGAUCCUACCCCUGAAAUUUUUGAUGACAUUCAAAGAAAGGUGUAUGAAUUGAUGCUACGGGAUGAAAGAUUUUACCCAUCCUUCAGACAGAAUGCACUUUAUGUGCGUAUGUUAGCUGAGCUGGAUAUGUUAAAAGAUCCUAGUUUCAGAGGAUCAGAUGAUGGUGAUGGAGAAUCUUUUAAUGGCUCUCCUACAGGAAGCAUAAAUUUGUCUUUAGAUGACCUGUCAAAUGUAUCUUCUGAUGACUCAGUACAACUUCAUGCUUAUAUUUCAGACACGGUAUAUGCUGAUUAUGACCCAUAUGCUGUGGCAGGCGUUUGUAAUGAUCAUGGCAAGACAUACGCAUUAUAUGCCAUCACUGUUCACCGACGCAAUCUAAACAGUGAGGAGAUGUGGAAAACCUAUCGUCGUUACAGUGACUUCCAUGACUUCCACAUGAGAAUCACCGAACAGUUUGAAAAUCUGUCAAGCAUAUUGAAGCUUCCUGGUAAAAAGACUUUUAAUAAUAUGGAUAGAGAUUUUUUAGAAAAGAGGAAGAAGGAUUUAAAUGCAUAUUUGCAGCUAUUACUAACUCCUGAAAUGAUGAAAGCAUCCCCAGCUUUGGCUCAUUAUGUGUAUGAUUUCCUUGAGAACAAAGCCUACAGUAAAGGAAAAGGGGAUUUUGCUCGUAAGAUGGACACUUUUGUAAAUCCACUUCGCAAUUCUAUGAGGAAUGUUUCAAAUGCAGUUAAGUCUCUUCCCGAUAGUUUGGCAGAAGGAAUGACUAAAAUGUCCGACAACAUGGGCAAAAUGUCAGAAAGAUUAGGUCAAGACAUAAAGCAAUCAUUUUUCAAGGUGCCUCCUUUAAUUCCGAAGACUGAUUCAGAUCCUGAACAUUGUCGAGUCUCAGCUCAACUUGAUGAUACUGUGGAUGAUAACAUUCCACUUAGGGUAAUGCUGCUUCUCAUGGAUGAAGUAUUUGAUUUAAAAGAGAGAAAUCAGUGGUUACGAAGAAAUAUAAAAAAUCUGCUUCAACAGCUUAUUAGAGCCACAUAUGGUGACACUAUUAAUAGGAAAAUAGUUGACCAUGUUGAUUGGAUGACUUCACCUGAACAAGUGGCUGACUUAGUGAAACGUUUCAGAGAUGCCUUUUGGCCAAAUGGCAUUUUGGCAGAGAAUGUUCCAUGCAGAGAUAAAGCUGUUCGAAUGAGAACAAGAGUUGCAGGAAAAACUAAAUUACUGUCAAUUAUGCCAGAUGAACUGAAGCAUAUUAUUGGGGCGGAAACAACAAGGAAAGGUAUUCUCCGUGUUUUUGAAAUGUUUCAGCACAACCAGUUAAAUAGGAGAAUGGUAUAUGUCUUUUUGGAAGGCUUUUUGGAAACUUUAUUUCCCCAAUACAAAUUCCGUGAACUUUUCAACAAACUCCAUUCACGGUCAAAGCAAAUGCAGAAAUAUAAACAGAAACUUCAAACUACUCAAGCGCCUUCUUUGCAGAAAAGGUGACCAUCCAAUCUAUGAAACUGGCAUUCAUUUUGUCCAAGACUAUUGGUAUGGACAGAUCUUCUGGGGCUUAACUCAUACACUGUUGUGUCUGUACCAGUCUUUAGUUUCUCAAAAUAGAUUAUUAGUACACUCACAAAAAUGUGGUUUUACUCAUCCUCAUCUGUAAUUCAGUCACUACCAAGAGAGAGAUCUGUGUCAUAAAUGAUUUGGUGCAUAUAUUUGCAACAUUGAGAGGAUACUGCCCCCAUCUCAAGCAAGAAUGACAACCAUCUCUUCCAUUUGAAACUAAUCAACAUUCUCCAGCAAUGACAAAGUGCCAGAGUGUAUAUGUGAGAGCUAUGGAAAGCACAAAACAGUGGUUCACAGAUAAAUCGACAGAUUUAACAAUGGGAGACUGUGCAAUGUAUAGGUUGGAAGGAUUCGUUUUGCAUAGUAAUUUUAUAGAUAUGUGUUGGAAAUUUGAUAUAAUGUGGAUUAGCUUGGUGAAUAAUCUUUGGGACAUUUAUUUCAGUUCUAAGAAAAGUAACAGAAUGUCCAUAAAUUAUAAAAUAACCUUAUACCUUAAUAGGUUUGUGACAUAAAACUGAUAUAAAAUAAAACCAAUCAAAAGCAAGAUUUGAUUGGAUUUUGUUACUCACUAAUAUAAUGCAAAUUUUAGUUAAUUCCUGUAUUCUUUAAGGGUUCUGUUUGCUCUUAAAGUACUCAAUCAGACAUUUUCUUUUGGCAUUCUGUAUGUAAAAGAAACAUAUGGUAGCUAUCAUUUACAUUUCAGGGUUUUGCCAGUUUUCUUUAUGUUUAAGAGAUUACUUAAUGAUUAUACAGUAGCAAUAUAAUUUGUUGAAAGAACUGCCAAAUAUUUUCUGUCCUAAAAAUAAGAAAUUUUUAAAAAUUAUUUUAAAUUGUAUGAUCUAGAUAUACUUUGGUAAGUGCAAAAAUAGCAAAUCAAGUAAUUAAAUGAACUUCUUAGUCAUAUGUAAACAUACAAAUUCCUAAUUCUAUUACAGUGUACAUACUUGAAAAUAAUGAAAACAGAACCUAAUAUUUUUAAAUAAGCUUUUAAUUUAUAUUUUGCUUAAUGUAAAAUUCUACUAAAUAAAGCACGUUGAUAAAAAACCCUCAGUGUACACAUUUAAGUCCCUAAAAUAAGUUUAUACCACCAACAAGAAAAUAACUUUUCCGGUGUUGGAGCUGCAUUUCCUAUAGUUUUCUCAUCUCCAUUGUAACUCUUAAAAGACUUCAUAUUCUUUAUAUGCAAGAUUCCUUCAUAGUUUUAAAUACUUCCAUAAGUAAAGGUUUCAGUUUUCAGCUUUUUUGUUUUUGUUUUAAAAAUAUUUAACACUAAAACCUUAAAAUAGUGAAGCUACUUAUCAGACCACUGAGCCAAGAUCCUGGUAAUAAAAGAAAGUCCAGGUGCUUAAGGUAAGGAACAGAGUAUUGGUAUCCCAGUUAUUCGGGAGCUUUAAGAUUGGAACAAGAUAUUGUCUUGUUUUUACUGAGAUUCUACUUAGAAAGUGAAGCCUAGUAAGAUAAUAAAGCCGUCCUUUAAUGCUUUAUAAUAGUCAUAUUUAUUAAUAAUGCUGUUGUGCAUACUUACUGUAUGCAUAUUUUCAGCAUGUGAUGCAUGUUUUAAGAAUUACAUAAAUGAAAUUCCUUUUAUUGCAACUUGAAAAUGAGAAAAUAAUCCUUAUGGACUCUGAUAGAAGAAAUUAUUUCUUCUCAGUGAGUCUUCUUGCCCCAAUCCCUCCUAUACCCCUGGCUUUAAAAGUGAAGAUAUGUGAAAUAUGUAUGUAGGGAGCAUCAGCAUGGCCAUAAGUGCAAUGGUUUUUAAACAUACCCUUGCCCAUUUCAAGUAUAUUUUUGACAUGAACAUAUUUAAGGUUAUACAGAAAAUCUUAUAGCUUGUACAUGUGAGGGAAAAAAAAAAGCAUUUCUAGAUAAUGUAAGGAAUGCUGUUCAUCAACCAGGGAAAGAAAAGACUUGCAGGAUUGCAAAUGUUCAUGACAGAGCCCUGCUAGAUAACUACAAUCAUACCAAAAACUGUUUGAGAAAAUGGGUUUUUUAAAUACUAUUUGUUUAAAAAGAGUUUAUAUUUCAAAAGCAAAAUAUCAAAUGGUAGUCUAUGUAAACGGUUGUGCAUCUUUUUGCACAUCUAUGUUUUACAUCAGAGAGAGCCAUGGUCAUGCUAAAAUUAGAAAUACAUUUUGAAUGACUUGGUCAAGCUGUGUGUAAAAUAUUUAACCCAAAAGUCAAGUACAGUGUACUAUGUUUAAUAAAGUUAUUACAUUUAAUGCAUUUAUUGCAUAUAUGGAUAUAUACAUAAAGAGGAUUUAUGACUUCAGAUAUUUGAUUUUUACAUUUUUUAAGCCAGUGUUGCCUUUAGGCAAGAACUUUCUAAAUCAAUUACUCUUUGUGUUGAUUUUCUGAUUUUCCAGGUAACAAACUACUUAGAAUCCAUCACUAUUAACAUGUAGUUCAUUCACCUAAGAAACUGUACGAUUUCAGUGUAGCACUUAGAUGGGCAUUUCCUACAAUUAGGGUGUUUUGAAUUGUUGCUGAACAAUUGUGCCAUUGACCAAUGGAUGCACUUGGUUAGCCUUAAUUUUUUUAGAGAAAUAUUAAAAAUUUCUUAAAUAUUUCAGUUUGCUCAUUUUAAGUUUGUACUGCUGGUGACAUGGAAAACAUACAGUUAAGUGCUACCAGGAAGUAUACCAUUUUUUUAAUUAAGAAUAUAAAUUUAUCAAUAUAAAAUUUUAAUUUUGUGCAAUAUUUUUAUUUAAUGCAUGUGUAUUUGAUUAAUUGUAAAAUAAAUGAAUUUUUAAUGUUUUGAGAUCUAGUUUAAACCCUAUCCUUAACCCAACAACUUACAUUCCGUUGUUGAUGCAUCCUUUUAUUUAAGGACUUGUUUUAAAAGUCUUCUUGUUUUAAAAGUCACUCCUUGUAAAAUUUUGACUUUGCUUAUAGGAGCAUGACUCCUGUAUAACAAGGGGAAAAUAAAAUGAGCACAUUUUAGGAUUACUAUUGUUAAAAAGAUAACUUGUGCAUAUCAUUGUACAGUAAGUGUCAACUGUGUGCCUAUUCUCUCAAUACUUUCCUUCUUUAACAAAGAAGAAACAACAAUCAGAAUGUCAGUUAUUUUUAUUGAACUAGAAAGAUUGAAAUUUUUAUUUGGUUUGCAUUAUGUUCUGUCUAUUAGAAAAUACUACUAAUAAAAUAUUAACAAAUCUUUUGUUGAAUAUA